GAAGGAAAAGACGACAUCAAAUUGGGGAGAAGCAUCCGGAAAUCUCUUUCUUGUUCUAAGUAACCCAUUUCGAUUGUGCUUUUCUUUGAGGAUUAAGGGCUCUGUACCUUUCGAUUCCGAUCGGUAAUUUAACGAGACGGAGAUGGACAGCAGAUGGGGAGGAGCAAGGAGCGUGUCUCGGGGUAUGCUGCCGCUGCUGGCGCUUCACGCGGCCAGCGAGUACUACAGGCUGCCGUGGAAGCCCCCUGUCACCGCCGGUCUACUCGCCGUCAACACUCUCGUCUAUCUCAGACCUGCUUUUCUCGAUUCCAUCCUUCCGUCUAUUGAUGAAGUCUUGUUCAAUCCCCACCUCAUUCUCAAGCAUAAAGACUUGAAACGCUUCUUCUUGUCACCAUUCUACCAUUUGGGUGAAUCUCACCUGGUCUACAACAUGAUGUCACUUUUAUGGAAGGGGAUACAAUUGGAGACUUCAAUGGGAAGCACUGAAUUUGCAUCUAUGGUUGCUACACUCCUUGCCAUGUCUCAGGGCAUUACACUGCUAUUAGCCAAAUCCCUCUACUUGUUUUUUGAUUAUGAGAGAGCUUAUUACUCCGAAUAUGCUGCUGGAUUUUCUGGUGUCCUCUUUGCCAUGAAAGUUGUGCUUAAUUCUCAGUCAGAAAACUAUACUAACGUGCAUGGACUGAUAGUACCAUCUCGUCAUGCUGCGUGGGCAGAAUUGAUUCUCAUUCAGAUGUUUGUACCUGGUGUCUCAUUUCUCGGCCACUUGGGUGGUAUUCUUGCUGGGAUUCUUUAUUUGAGGCUGAAGCGUUUGUAUGCAGGCGUAGAUCCACUUACUGUGAUUAUCAGAGGAGUAACUGGUGCUUUAAGCUGGCCCUUAAGGCUCAUAAAACAAAUAAUUCCAUUGAGGCGAAGGAGAAUCUCUGGUCGGGGAACUGUUGGGGGGAAUGGGAAUUACACAGGAAGGACAAUGUCUUACGUAUGGAGAUGUCAAGCAUGUACAUAUGAUAAUCCUGGUUGGUUAAACGUUUGUGAGAUGUGUGGAACAAGUCGUGGUGACAAUGGAUGGCCAUCGCGUCAAGUGAUUCAUCGUUCUCCUGAUCUCUCUGCGGAAGAACUACGCCGUCGAAGAAUUGAAAGAUUUGGUUAACAAUCUAGUAAUCUACAGCCAGACGAGGGAAACAGCAAAACAUACUGCUUCAUGAGGUUUCUUAAAUUAACCAAAUAUAGAAAUGGUGGUUAGAUUUUACUUGUAUUUUCAUUUCAGGACGCCUAUAAAUUAUCAUGCUAUUUUGAACCAAUUGACUCGAGUAUGAGGGAUUAGGCUAUGCGUGACAAGUUCGGGCGCCAAAUGUGUCGACUCAGUGUCCCUGUAAAAGUUAAUUCUUUUUAGUUUUAAUUACUUAAUCAUUUUUUUUAUCUCUAAUUGCAUAAUGAAAGUUAAUUUUCUCC